AACAUUUGUAUUACAUACAGCUCGUUUAUAUAAAUAAAACAUAUAUCCUAUAAAUAACAAAUAGCUCGGCAUUUUGAAGAUUACACGUUUCAUAUCGACACAGACGAGGAAAUUAGUAUCCUCCAUUCCUCACACCUUGCAUUUGCGUGCAGGAGGUGAGUGCGCCUGUGCGGGGGUUGAGCUAGCUGAGCCAGCCGUGGCGGCACAGAUGGAAAGGAUGGAAAUGGAGAACUACUCCGGCGCCUGACCUGAGACGGUACUAGGAAACGUUGGGUAGGCUAGGCUACUGCUCCGGUCGGUUGGAUUGCUGGAGAGAGGCGAGGCGCACGGUGAAAGCAGGGGCGACACAGACAGAAAAGAUGGACGGGAGAAGAGAGUUCCUUUGCGGGGUUGUGGAAGGGUUCUAUGGGAGGCCCUGGUCUAUGGAGCAGAGGAAGGUCCUUUUCCAGUGGAUGCAGAGGUGGGAGUUGAACACCUAUCUGUACGGUCCUAAAGAUGAUCUGAAACACAGACUACUCUGGAGAGAGGUCUACUCCCCUGAAGAGGAGGGUCAGUUGCGUACUUUGAUAGUAGAGUCAGAGAAGAGAGGUCUGAGGUUUGUGUACUCUCUCUCUCCUGGUCAAGACAUUGUCUUCUCUUCUUCCUGCGACCUCUCCCUGCUUAAACGCAAGCUACGACAGGUGUCAAAGUUGGGUUGCCAGGCAUUUGCAAUCCUUUUUGAUGACAUAGACCACUCCCUGUGUCAAGCUGACAGUCAAGCCUUCUCCUCAUUCGCUCACGCCCAGGUUUCAGUUGCCAAUGAGAUCUACCGAUUCCUGGGAGAGCCACCCGUCUUCCUGUUUUGUCCAACAGAGUACUGUGGCUCUCUAUGUUCUCCCAGUGUAUCCAAGUCUCCAUAUUUGAUGACUGUUGGAGAGGACCUGCUGCCUAACAUCUCUAUCAUAUGGACCGGUAGUAAGGUAAUCUCUAGAGAGCUGAGUGUGGAGGGUCUGUCUGAAGUACAGUCUGUCCUACACCGCCCUCCUCUGGUGUGGGACAACCUGCAUGCAAAUGACUACGACUCCAGACGUCUCUUCCUGGGUCCCUUCAAGGGUCGCUAUCCCCAGCUUGCCACCCAACUCCGGGGCUUGCUACUUAACCCCAACUGUGAGUUCGAGGCCAACUACAUACCCCUGCACACGCUGGGGACUUGGUACCGCACUGGGAGGAAGGAGAAGAAGGAUGAGGAGCACCAGUACUGUCCAGAGAUGGCGCUGUCUACUGCACUGCACGACUGGAUGGAAGAGCUCAGCCAACCACUGCAGCCAGGUCGCCAGAGCAGACAGGCAGACCAGAGGUCAUCGGGUCAAAAGUCGGGGACCCUAGAGAGUGAAAACUGUCACCCCACCACCAGAGAAGGUCGCCCUAAACCCCCUAGAGAAACUCCGCAGGGGGACAGCCCUCCCCCCUCCAGCCCUGAGGGAGAGGAAGGGGUGAGGAGGGGGGAGAAAGAAGGAAGGAGUGAGGGAGGAGACGGAGAGGAGAGAGAGAGGAAACUCCACAACAACCAGUUCCAACAAGGGCCAGGCCAGCCAAGGAGUCCAGGGGGGGUUCUUUGUGUUGGGAAGGCUCCUCUAAGCGAGUCCCAAAUCCGUCUGCUGGUAGGUCUCCACUACCUUCCCCAUGAGCACGGCCCAUCAGCCCAGAGAUUGUUACAGGACCUCACCUGGCUCAAAGAACACUGCCACCUGGUCAGCGCCAAUGACAAGAAGGGACCACCGCAGAAGGCGGAGGAGUGGCGUGGCCGAGCGGCUGGGUUCCUAGGUGUGUGUGAGGAGAUUGCAGCGCUGCACAGUAGUGUUGUGAGUGGAGUGAGCAAGGCCGUGCUGUAUGACCUUUACCCUUACGUAUGGGACCUCAGAAACACUGCACUGGUGGCCAAGGCCUUCAUCUGCUGGCUCGAUGGGCGUGUGUUGAGCGACAGCUCUCCGUUGGGUUCCUGGAGGAACUGCUUCCACUGGUGCGGGACGACCACGGGGGCAGAGUUACUGGGGGUGGAGUCAGAACCCUGGGUGUUCAAAGGGGGAGUGUCCGGAGAGUUGCAGAUGCUUCUACCUAUAGGCAGUAACAGUGAACUGUUCAGCCACCCUCCUCCUCUCUUCCCCACCUCACGACUCUACAACAUACGACCCUACCACAACAAGGACAAGGCGGAGCUGUAUUGUAUGGUGCGCCAGCUUCAACAGGGAGCCCAGGGGAGCCCUGAUUCCAGUCCAGCACAUCCUGACCUCAUCGGAGACAGGUGUCUGGGGCCCUGCCUGGCUUUGUGUCCUGAGUACAGCAUGGUGCUGGAGGAUGAGCUAGGUGUGUGUGGGUGUGUGUUGGGUGUCGUAGAUGUUCGUUCCUUUGCCAAGCGCUGCCAGACUUGCUGGAUGCCCGCCAUGAGAGAUAAAUACCCACCACGCACCGGACAUGCCAACUCACAGGAGGUGUUGCAGCAGAUGGAGGAGGACCAAGGGGAAUACCCAGACUCUCUUCUCUACCACUUUCCCUCCCAGCUCCGUCUGGACGCUUUGCCUGACCUGAUGGACAUCAGUGUGACCCGCUGCCUGCUAACCGCACUCCUCACUGCCCUUAAAGCCAAUGGUUCUCAUGGUGUGUUCUGUGAGAUGCAGCCUACAGAUCGCAUGAGGCUGGACUUCCUGACUAAACUAGGCUUCCUGGAGAUCAUCAGAGGAGAGGCACGACACAGAGAGGGAGUGGUACUGGGCAGACUGCUCUGAACACACACACACUCACAGAAAUGUACACACAAGAGGUGUAAUGGUUUACCAAACCCACGGUUCGGUAUACACAUGAUUACUCAUCAAAACUACAUUUAAAAUAAAGUGCAAUAUGCGUGUGAAAUCAAUGUGUAAAAUUGGCUCAGACAUUGUAUAGGUCUAUGCUAAUAAUGUUUUUCUUACAAAGAGAAAAAGAUGUUCACUUGUGUGACUCUCAUAAAGAGAGCAUGUCUGUAGCACAGUACUUCUCAUCUCCCACUCCGAGGUAAUGUGAUGGGCUGUCACUGUUAAGUAGCUCUGUAUACCUGGAGGUCCAUUCAUCUGUGGUAAGCAUAACAGAGUGUGAAUUGGCAAAUGAAUUUGUCGACCUCACCACCCGCCAUUGUACAGAACUAGUUCCCGGCUGCGCCUCACAAAAUGACAGUUUUUAAGUGCACCAAUUAAGAUCACAAUUUUGAUUACAGCGUUGCGCAUAGGCUGUCGUUGUUUUAAGGGAAUAGCCAGAAAUUGUUUUUUUUUUCAGUACAGAAUUACUCGAGGCAUACAUCGCAGCAUAGGCAUAGCAUAUAUAUUUCAAUAAAUGUAUUCAUUAAAGUUCACAGUACGACCCGAGGUCCCUGUACUGCCACCGUUACACCCCAAUACACACCCAUACAUGCACGCGCUCACCCAUUCAUUUGCAUGCAUAUGCACGCACACACACACAGCACAUGCUCAAAAACACACAUACUCAUAUAAACACUGUGGAGUACAAAAUGAACAAUAUAACUACUGUAAGCUUAAUCACACACAGGUGAUACAGGGUAAUUGAUUACACAGUGCUGUCUUUAAACACAUGAAAAGACAGAGGGCAAACAUUCACACGAACACACACAAACACAUAUGCGAACACAGAUAUGAACACACACAAGGCUGAGGGUUAUAUGGAUGAUGAAGCCAGGCACAAAACCAAUAUGUGCAUCAGAUGGCACACAGACACAAACACACACACUGAUAAAUCCUACUCAGCGUAGGACAUAUAGCAUCAUUCAUCACGUCCUUUUAUUUCUAUCUUCUAGAAGCACAAGAACUCGUUUUAUACCUGAGACAUGUCUUCACUAGAAACCAGGAAUGUCCUUUUCUAUUGAGGAGACUUGGGCUGGGAUUCAAUCCGAUCCUGCUUGUAGACAAUGCAGCUUUUAAAGGCAAUAUCCCCACGUUUGCGGAGAUCGCAUUCAAGGGAUUAGCACGGACCCUGGAACUGACCAUAUAUGUAGCUUUAUUACUUUCUUGUGUGUUUUUGUUCUACUUUACUUUUUUUUAUAGUACUACUAACUUGAGGAAAAAGCUGCAACAUGGAAAUUACUUUUAAACAACAACCACGCUGCAACAAGUUUCGGAUUGAAUCCGGCCUUGGUUGAGAAGACUGUCAUCGGUCUAUGUCUUUUACCUUUAUUCAAUUUAAUGAGAAUAAUACACUAUUUAUAGAGUUAGGUCACAGAUGGAAGGGAUUUAGUUAUCAAAAUCUUUGGCUAGGUGAGUGCUUGAGAACACUACAAACAUGUCAGGUUUUUUCUCUCGAUCACUUCCUAACCAUUCGUCUCCUAUCUGUGUGACUACUUUUCUAGAACAGCAGUGCUUACUAUUCAUUGUCCUUGUAUCACUGUCUCUGUCCCAAAUGACACCCUAUUCCAUAUAUUAGUGCACUAUGGUCAAAAGUAGGGAAUAGGGGGCCAUUGGGACGGAGCCUUUGUCUUUGCUUCAGUGAACAAUGGUUGUUUUGUAAUGAGGUCUGUUAGAUGUGUAUAGCCAAUGUUCAUUCCAUUUAAAGGCAAUGGUCCCAGAGAUCACAUUCACGGUAAAAGCUGCAGAGGUUGGUUCAAUGACAAAUUACCUUUAAAUGUCAAACGUGCUACAACGCAGUUUCGGACUGAAUCCCGACCUGACUGUUAAUUCAGGGUGUGUGAGGGUUAAACUAUCAUGUUACUGUGUAGAAAGAAGUCUGUGUUUACAAAUUACUGCAGUAAUACAAAUGUUUUAAAAUGUAACAUUUUAUAAAAAUGUUUUUUUUGUGUUGACACUAUUAAAAUAUUUUUCCCUCUC